AACACAAUUUCAAUACAUAACACCACACAAUAAUCUCCUUGGACUCAACACGAUUUUACUUAAGUUCAUCAUAAUUACAUUUAUUUACAUUUCAUGAACUUGAAUGGAGAAAAUGAUCUGUUGCCCAUUUGGAAAAGUAACCAGACAACCAAAUUGAGGUGAAAUUUCUCCACUCCGCCCUCAAGGGAACAACUGGUUGCUGUAUGGCUCCUCCCAAGAAACCCAGCAAAAUCAAGAAAGACGCGAAGAAAUUUCAGAAAGGCAAGAAGAAGAAGAAGAACAAGAACAAGAAUGCUAAGACAGUUCCAGUUGAUAAUAGAGCUGUUGAUUCUGAAUGGUGGGAUGUAUUCUGGAAGAAGAACACUCCUGACCCAGAUUGUCUUGCAGUUUCAAAUGUUCCCAAUGAUGAGGAGGAAUGCUUUAAGCAUUUCUUUCGGGUUUCUAAGAGGACUUUCGAGUACAUCUGUUCACUUGUAAGAGAAGAUCUUAUCUCCAGACCUCCUUCAGGACUCAUCAACAUUGAGGGAAGGCUCCUGAGCGUUGAGAAGCAAGUUGCUAUUGCUUUAAGAAGAUUGGCUUCUGGUGAAUCCCAAGUUUCAGUUGGAGCUUCCUUUGGAGUAGGCCAGUCAACAGUUUCCCAGGUUACUUGGAGAUUUAUCGAAGCAAUGGAAGAACGUGCAAGGCACCAUCUCAAGUGGCCCAACUCCAGUCAAAUGGAGCGAAUCAAAUCUGGUUUUGAAGCAUCUUCUGGAUUGCCUAAUUGUUGUGGAGCAAUAGAUGCUACCCACAUAGUUAUGACCCUUCCAGCCGUUCAAACCUCAGAUGAUUGGUGCGACCAAGAGAACAAUUACAGUAUGUUUGUGCAGGGAGUUGUCGACUUUGAGAUGCGAUUUCUAGACAUUGUGACGGGGUGGCCUGGGGGUAUGCCUAUUUCCAGACUAUUGAAGUUUUCUGGAUUUUACAAACUUUGUGAAAGUGGUGGACGCUUGAAUGGAAAUGUGACGAUGUUGUCUGAUGGUGAGGAGACUAGAGAAUAUAUAGUUGGUGGUCCAAGUUACCCUCUUCUUCCGUGGCUUAUAACGCCAUUUGAAGGUGAAGAACUCUCAGUUUCCAUGUCUGAGUUCAAUUCAAUUCUUGAAACGGCAAGAUCUGCUUCUGUUAAGGCAUUUUCACAACUGAAAGGGGGUUGGAGAAUCCUCAACAAGGUCAUGUGGAGACCUGAUAAACGGAAACUACCUAGUAUUAUCUUGGUCUGUUGUUUACUUCAUAACAUCAUCAUCGACUGUGGAGACAGCUUGCAUCCAGACGUUGCCUUGUCUAGUUAUCAUGAUUCAGACUAUAAAGGACAGAUCUGUAAGCAAGUUGAUCCAGCAGGCAGAAAUAUUAGGGACAACUUGGCUAAGCAUUUGUUGGGCAGAAAAGAAAUGUCUGUAUGUACAUGAUCCAUUUCUGCCUUCGCAUAUGAAUCGACUAUUUUUCUUAUAUGGGACAUGAUAAUUAAAUUUAGGUUGCUCAUUCUACA